AUGUGUGGCUCAACUUCAGACAUAAUCAGUGAUCUUCCAAACAAUGUAAAAAAAGCAAUCUUGUUGUGUUUAUCAAUACAAGAUGCGGUGAGGACUAGUGUUUUAUCAACAAAAUGGAGGUAUAUGUGGGCGAACCUUCCCCAACUUGUAUUUGAUGAUAUGUUCUGUAGAGAAUCAAUCAGAAAACGAAUGAAUAAACUUCUGCGGGCUAUUUAUCAAGUUCUAUUACUUCACCGUGGACCAAUACACAAGUUCACUCUCUCUUUAUCUAGACUAAAAGGCUAUUCUGUGAUCGACCAGUUGAUACUUUUUGUUUCAAACAAUGGUAUCCAGGAAUUGACCCUUCACAUUUGGAAGGGUGAAUGUUACAAAUUGCCAUCAUCACUAUUUUCAUGUCUAGAACUUAAGAUUUUGAUUCUUAGUUCUUGUAUUUUUAAGCCUCCACCUAAAUUUAAAGGAUUUAUCGGGCUCCUUUUCCUGGAGUUUUAUGAAGUUGGCAUCACUGCUGACAUAUUUUCAAGUUUGAUCUCUGGUUGCCCACUACUUGAACACCUGAUCAUUUUAAACUCAACCUAUUUCGGUGACCUUGAAAUUGCUGCUCCUAAUCUUAUAUAUUUAUUCUGUGGCGCCCUUUUCAGUUCUAUUUGUUUCAAAAAUACCCUUCAGCUUGCAAGAGUUACCUUUUGUUUGAACAUGUGCGCGAAUGAGGAAGUAUUCAACAAAGGAAAAUCAUCCAUGGUCAUGCUUUUUGAUAGUCUACCUGUCAUUGCGUCGUUGCAAUUGGACUAUUAUUAUGCCAAGAUAUAUGGGUACAAUAACUUUGCAGGAUUUUUGUCUGCUUAUGUGGCUAGACCUCUGUUUGACAAGCGUUUGAAUGCUAUUGCCCGUGGGUUGGGUCCUGAGUCGUGGGCCAGACCCUUUUGUGGGCCCACCGAUAUCAGUACUUAUGACACUGUUGAUGAUGUUAUUGUUGAUCCUGUUCUAGAACUUCUAGAAAUGCAAGACUGGUCAGAUGUCUCUUUAAAUCAACUUCGAGAGGUGGAGAUGACAAAGCUAUCUGGGACAAGGUCUGAAUUGGAGUUUAUUAUGCUUCUAUUAGCCAAAUCACAAAUGCUGGAGACAAUGCAUAUUGAGCCGAACUCAGCGAAUGUUGUUGAUGGAGGACUGAUGAUUUUGAAAGAGGUGACACGAUUUCGCCGCUUAUCACCCCAAGCAGAAAUCAAAUUCAAAAAUCCAGUUUAG